UUGACUCGACAACUACUUAUAGCUGCAUGUUUUUUAGGUUGCUAUGCUUUCUGGUGCUGGCCUUGCUUUGCCUGCGCCAUUUCAGAAGGACUUGGAGAGAACCGCUUACUGCCAUUAUGUGACUUGUGCAGCCCUGCUGUAGCAGCUAUUGCUGGAAUACCUCUGUGUGUGCCUCCAGUGGCCUUGUCUUUCAGGACUGCCGUGAGAAAGAAAUAUGGCAUCAAGGGUACUCUCUGUAAUGACAUCACGAUGUCCUGCGUCUGCAAUCUGUGCGUCUGGUGUCAGAUUGACCGUGAGCUAAAACGUCACAACAACAGCUCUACUGUGCAGUCUCAAACUCCUGUGACUAUACAGCCUGUUUCCAGUGGUGGAAAGUAACCCAGCACACUGGCUCAAGUCCCAUACUACAGUAAAUUAAUGAGGUGCUUGUGUUUUAUGAAAGUAUUUGCAUUUCUGAUACUUCUAAUACACUAAUUGUCAUAACAAGAUACUGGACCUUUUACUACACAACGUUUAUCUGACAAGUUUGGUUACUUUUCAGAUUUAGAUGUUUAAAGUUGUGGCUACUCAGUGUAUUCCCUUUUCUUAUUUGGGUAUGGGGAUAAAAAAGAGACUAGUUUCUAUCAUAGUUUUUCCAAAGUGCUGUAAUAAUCAUCACAACAUUUAUGGCCUAAUCACAGUAAAAUAAAUAAUAACUGAUCUUUAUUUACAUCUCCAGUCGCUAAAAUAACAUUUGCAUAUUUGCAUGUACAUCAAUAAUAAAUUCUGAAUCCAUCUGAUAUCCAUCAAGAUGUUGUGUUGCUACUGUGUUAUUUAAUCUCUCGUAAAGCCACCAUCAGUGGAAUUUGAAAUCUUGGCUCCCCCGUGUGACAGUAUCAGUAAAGGUGCUCCGAUACUGUGACAGUGCAUGCCGUCUUGAUUCAUACCUGCACAUGGCUUCUUCUGGUUAUGCCCAGCAGGGGGCCCCCAGGCCUAAGUGGCAAGAUUCACGGCAGCACAAUAGCAGGACUCAGCAUCUCAUGACAAAACGGGACCCCCCAAU